AUGUCCAAUUACUGUUCUGGAGGAGACUGUGCAGGAAGGCUGGAAGUUUUUCACAAUGGCUCAUGGGGGACAGUGUGUGAUGACUCCUGGGAUAUUAAAGAUGCCCAUGUGGUGUGCAGACAGCUGCAGUGUGGAGUGGCCCUCAGUAACCAGCAGGUACCAGCCUGGUUUGGUCCUGGUUCUGGACCCAUAUGGCUGGAUGAGGUGAACUGUGAGGGGAAUGAGACGUCCCUGUGGAACUGCUAUUCUCAGGUCUGGGGAAAACAUGACUGUAAACACAUGGAGGAUGUAGGAGUCAUGUGUUCAGAGUUUAAAGAGAUCAGAUUAACUGAUGGCUGUGAAGGGAAUGUGGAGGUUUUCUACAAUGGAUCGUGGGGUAAUGUAUGCUACAACCAGAUGGACAGAGACACAGCGAGUCUGAUUUGUCAAGAGUUGAACUGCGGAAGAUCUGGAAGUGAACCUAGUAAUUCAGUGGGACUAAAGUCAGCUCCUAAUCGGUUAGAUGAUCUUAAAUGUCGACCACAUGACUCCACUCUAUGGCAGUGUCCGUCUUCACCCUGGGGACAGAAUGACUGUGAUAAUGAUGUGGCUAAAAUCAUCUGCUCUGAGGAGGAGAGUUAUGAGUCUCCACGCAGUCGUCUGACAUGUUCUACCUCACCAUCUUCUCACCAGAGACAGUGUUCAAAGUAUGUUCCUCUGAGACUGAGUGGAAGGAAGGGCCGGUGCUCUGGGAGACUGGAGGUGUAUCAUAACACUGUGUGGGGUUCAGUCUGUGUUGAUCAGUGGGACAUCAGGGAUGCUCAGGUGGUCUGCAGGCAGCUGGGUUGUGGAGCAGCACUGAGUGCUGAUGGGAAUGCUGCCUUUGGUGCUGGUGAAGGUGUUGUGUGGCUGAACAGAGUCGAGUGCAGAGGGAAUGAGAUUCACCUGUGGGACUGUCUUCUCUCCCUGAAUAACCACACUGACUGCUCACACAAAGAGGACGCUGGACUCACCUGUGAAGAUUUGUCUGUCUCCACUACUCCUGGCCCUACAACAUCAGCUUUUCCUCCAGUUUCACAGUCCUCACUGAUCACUCAUCCACAAACUCCUCCAUCAUCUUCUCUCUCCAUCCCUCCAGUGGUUUUGAUUGUACUGGGAGCUGUACUCUUACUGCUCUUACUGCCACUCAUUAUACUGAUUCAGCAGAACAGAGUGAUGAGGAGAGCUCUUUCCAAGAGAAGACACAAGACUCAGACUGAAGCAGUUUAUGAGGAGAUUGAUCACAGACUCAUCACAAAUAAAGAUAAACACAUCACUCAGAGAGGAAGAGUCCUUUCUGAAGAACAGCAUUCUGGGUAUGAGGAUGCUGAUGAAAUUCUUUCAGAAGAGCAACAAGACACACCAGAGACCUACGAUGAUGCAAUCACUGCUGGACUGAGACGUUGUGCCACAGAUGACAUACCAGAAAACUAUGAUGACGUUGUGAUCGUACGACAGUUCUCCAGUAAUAAAACAGAGGGAGUUCAGGAGGAGUAUGAUGAUGUGAUGGAUGUCAGUGAAGAUGUGAGAAACCUGUUUGACUAUGAUGAUGUGGAGAAGGUGCCAGACAAACACAGAGGGACUGUUUAACUCAAGGAAC